AUCACUUGAUUUUCAUCACUACUUUCAAAAUGUCACAACAACUUCCUUUCAGAGUCAGAGCAACAGAUAUCAUCCACAGAAGCACCGUUCUUGGAUUGGUGGGUAUUUGUGUGGUGGGACUUGGUUCUAUUUCCUUCAACAUCUACAUGAACUCCGACUAUGCCAAAAUGAACAGAAACAAGUUGAAGUUUGACCCUGAACAAACCAAAGAAAACUAGACGCCCCAAUAUCUUAUUAUGUACAUAGCCUAUAAUUUACGUUUCUUUGUCGG